UACUUCAACGUCAUAAUCUCAUCGGGGGUCCCAACUCCUGAGCGGAACAAAGUCCAACCUUCCAAGUUGACCUGUUUAGACCGAAGCAAUCGAACAUGAUAACAUCGUAAACGUGAUAGCAAUAGCACAUUAGCUUAUUCGUUAGCAUCUAUAAGAAGAUGGCAUCCUCGGACCAAUCUGACCAGCAAAACCAGAAUGGCGGCCCAGUUAGAGAAGAUGCUGGUCCAGUUAGAGAAGAUGCUGCUCCAGUUAGAGAAGAUGCUGCUCCGAGAGAAACGCUGAUUGCCACGGCAGUGAGGUUUUUACACAACCAGAAAGUCCGCCAAAGUCCUUUAGCGACCAGAAAAGCUUUCUUGAAGAAGAAAGGUCUUACCGAUGAAGAGGUGGAGUUGGCCAUCCAGCGAGUCGGUAGUACGGAUGAGCCGCUGGCCGUCACCGUUCCGGGCCCUGGACACAUCAUCCAUCCGCUUCCGCUGUCCCCUGUCCCCUACACAGGUCCCCCAGGUUACAGAUGGAGACACUACGGUGCCCUGGCUGUUAUCAUGGCAGGAAUGGCCUUUGGCUUCCAUCACCUUUACCGGAAAUACAUCCUUCCCCUCAUUAUGGGCAGCAAAGAGGACAAGAAGCAUCUGCAGAAGAUCGAGAGCAACAUCGCGGAUAUGAGUGGCACGCUGACACAGACAGUCACUCAGUUGCAGAUGACCCUGACCUCUGUGCAAGAAUUGCUGGUCCAACAGCAGAAGAAAAUUCAGGAGCUGUCACAGGAGCUGGCUAACUCGCAGGCCUCAUCUACAACCAACUGCAUGCUGGAGUCUCAGAGCAUCAGUGAGCUCAAGGCUGAGAUUGUGUCUUUGAAAGGUCUUCUUCUAAGCAGGAGGCAGUUCCCCGCCUCACCCUCCAUUCCCAAAAUCCCAUCCUGGCAAAUCCCUCUCAAACCGGGGUCACCGUCCAACCCCCCCUCCGUCAACCACACUAACAGCAGUAGUGACAUCUCGCCCGUCAGCAACGAGUCCACCAACUCCUCGCCUGUUAAAGAGAGCGACAGCUCCCAGGCCACCCCGUCCGACUCUCACUGCCCGAACGGAGACGUGGGCCUGGGGUCCAUGCUCCCUCUGGACCUGAAACACCGCAUGGAAAUCCAGGGAGAGGAAGAGAAGAAAGAGGAGGAGGUGGAGGAAGAUGAUGACGUGACCCAUGCGGAUGAGGAGGAUCUGAGCGUCCAGACAGAGGACAGAAGAGGAGGUGACGGACAGAUAAACGAGCAGGUGGAGAAGCUGAGACGUCCGGAGGGGGCGAGCAACGAGAGCGAGGUCGAUUAGAAAGAAUUUAUACGUCCAUUUGGCUUUUCGUGCCCUUUGCCCCACCUUUUUGAUUAGAUUUGAUUGUUGCAGUAAAACGGUUACCCUCUGCGUAUUUAAGAACAGCAGGUGAGAUGGAUUAUGUCCCAUUUAUUGCACCUCUAGUCCCUUUUGACCUGAUUCACUUGACUUUUUAACAUGCAAACUUCCAACGUGCAAACCAGCGUGGCAACACAAACAUUCUGCAUGCCUGAACAAGCACAGUAACAGAAUAUUUUUGAGAAAACCAACAAUGAGAGAUUGAACGUGACUUUUUUCUUUGGUAAUGAAGACGGCUCAUUUCAAUGCUAGCUUAUUCACCAGAUGCUACAGACUACAGGUUUGGAUACACUGUAAAAGCCAUAUAAGUGUACUGUAAAGCUUCAAGUUAAUCUAAACACAAUCAGUGGCAGUAAAGAGAGUAUAAAAGCGAAUCAAAGGCACCAUUCAGUCCACCCUUCUUUGAUAAUCGGGUGGUAGAGCUGUUUCUGUGCCACCCCUUUAAAGGGAUAGUUCACCCAAAAAAAACAAUUCUGUCAUGCACUCACGGUCUAGUCAUUUCAAUCCUGAAUGACUUUUUUCUUUUGUUAAUACAAAAGAAUGUAUUUUGGAGAACGUUGGUUAUGAAAAACCACUGGUCCCCAUUGACUUCUAUUGUAUGGACACAAAACCAAUGCAAGUCAAUGGGACUGACAUUCUUCAAAAUAUUUCAUUUAGGGGUGAACUAUUCCUUUAAGUUCUGUUUUGCUCUAGUAAAGGCUAGUUUACAUUUCCCAACAAAUGCCACCAAAACACAGUUGUUGGGUUUAGCUGGAAAGUUUUUGGUAUUGUGGAAAAUCACUUGUUUUCCAACAUUUUAAAUGCAAUGUUUUAAUUGUUGGCUUUCAUUAAGACAUACGUGUCCUUCACUUGUUAUAUACAGAUCACAGAUCUUUGUAAGGCCUUGUGAUUUGCGAUUAGAGUGAUGGCGCGUCUCACCGAUAGCGAGGAAAGGAAAAACAUGCAUGAGAACGCCGGGAACGAGAGAAAGAGAAAUGCGUCUGUCUCGCCCGCGUCUCUCCAGUCUCCAGCAGGGUAGCUGAUUUGGUUUAUGAAGUAUGUUAAUAAUCAAAUGAUCGACAAAUAACAGAUGUAUUAGUUCAUGCAGCUUGAAAUGUCAAGGAGGCUAAAAUCGGAAAUCUAAUACUGAAAGCCUGUUAUAUUGUAUUAUAUUACAUGACAAACCCUCCAGUCCAAAUUAUAUAGGCCUCCUGCAGUGAAUAAUCUUAACAUGAAACGGUGCUGGGGUUUUGUAAUUAAACCGUGUAAAACAAUGGAUGCUUCAGCGGAGGUGCUGACAGUCUUACUUUUCUCUUCGGCGGCUUUUCUCUCAGAACAGCCUGAGAGGAUUUUUAAAAAGGCGAAAAAUAAAACUCCCCUGUGAUGCGAAUCUAGAGAAACGUAUGAAUAUUUAACUAAUGAAAUUACUCACUCGCCAGCUGACGAGAAGAAAGCCAGAGAGAUCCUGGAGUGAGGACUACAGCGUCUGAUCCGUUGUGACAUUUUCACUUUUAACAAAUGACCUUCGGAGUAACCGGAUUACAGAACGUAGCAGGUGAAUCAUGGGACUGUGGCAGUCUUCGCCAUGCAGUGACACAACUGAGGAGCUCAACUUUUCCGGCUGUGUGUUUGUCUUCUUUUUUCUAGACUAGAGGUGACUAUCUCACACAACUAUAGUAUAUGAUCAUGUGACGCAAUGUGUAUUCAUUUGCUUUGCAGUGAUACAGGAUUUGAUUUUAUUUCUUAAAACUAGACAUUGAUUUGUUAAGCUAAAGAUCCAAAUGCAAAGCGUGUGAUUAGGGAAUAGUUCAAGCAAAAAAUCAAAUUCUGUCGUUAUUGAUGUACCUUCAUGUCUUUCCAAACCGGCAUCCUUUUAUUUAACAGAAACUCAAAAUUUGGCAUAUUUCUAUCAUCCAAAAUUGGGUGAAUGUUUUUUUCCCACUGAAGAAGGUCAAACGUUCUGGUUCGGAUUGACUGAUAAGUAAAUAAUGACAGAAUUAUUACUGUAGUUUGAACUGUAUUUUGAUCUCUGAAGUAAAUGAUAUCAUAUUGGUGUCAUACAGAGAUGACAUGGUGGAGUUAUCAAUAGUUACUGAUUUAACUCAGAGGAAGGAAGACUGUCAGCUUUAGUUGAGUGUUUGUGCGUGUACGAGUUUUACCUAAAAAACACAUUCUUGAUUUCCUGUAACUAGCAGGUUGAUUCUGCUAUUCUGACCUUCAAACAACAACACAUCUAACUAAAUUUAGCUUAUCAUUGUAAACCUGCUAUGAGGGAAGUUAGAUCUACUGAAUUAAUGAGGAGAUAAGCCACAGAUUCAGUGCCUAUGUGUCUCUCUUGAGAUCAUGUUCUCAUUUUUUGACACAAUUUUGUUAGGAGUCUAAAUCUUGCGGCAGGGUUACAGAAACUCAGAUUGGGGCUAUAAGCAUUCAUUUUUUUGUGCGUGUUUUGGCUUACUGUAGGUUUACAGGUGAGCUAACGCUGAAGGUUUGUUGUAUAAACUGCAGUGUUGCUUGAUUUUGUUGACACGGAGACAGAUUUGUCACGGACACGUUCUGAAGAUGAAUGUAAAUAAUUGUAAUAAAUUUCAUUUAACACAA